UAAGUGCUUCACAGCAUUCUGCAUAAUAUGGAAGGUACAUAACCCAUGCCAUGCUUCUGUGAAUACCUCCCCAACGGCAUUUCCCAUCGUUGUGUCUUGGUCGGUAAAUAUAGCUCUAGGUUGUUUUUCAUUGUGUGCAGCUAGAAAAGCCUCAAAUAGCCAUUGGAAAGCGGCAAAUGUUUCAUCAAACAUAAGAGCAUCACCAAAAAUAGCGGUCUCCCUGAACUGAUUGAAUCCAACAAAAACACCAAAAGGCCUAUAUUCUUUGUUUGUGCCAAAAAAAAUAAUAUCGAAUGUGACAACAUCGCCAAAGUGUGCAUAAUCAAUGACCAUCUUAGCAUCAGCCCAAAAUAUAUUGCUUAUAUUCUCCUCACAAUCCAAUUGCAAAGCAUAUUGGUAAGAAGGAUUCUCGGCGAUCUUGCCUUCAAAAUACUUCAACAUGCUUCCUGCUUGUUCAUAUGCCAACUCUCUUUGGCGACUGCCCUACAAGUGAUUCUUUAGAUCACGAGGAGUGUAGGUGAGAUUCAUUGGUCCUCCAACCCAGCGACUAGCUAGCUCAUGUGCAUCUUUUGGCCUGAUUCCAGAAUCAUCAGUUGUCUCAAUUUCAAAAGCUUGAACUUCUGAAAUCUUCCUUUGUGAUAACAUCAAAUGGAAGGUUUGUGGCAAGUAAAGACCAUGAUUGUGUACAAGCAUUACAUCAACCACUUCAUGAUUCCUUGCCACUCUAUCCAAUGAAAGUGUCAUCCGAACUUCACAAUUUGUUCUUGUUUGAGCUUGAGGAUUCUUUGUGAUAUGAUCCCUCUUGUCAGGGGCUAUAGCCAGCUAUUUAAAACUAUGGAUUUAAUUUAUAGUUUAUACAAGGGGAUUACUGCCAGCCAGCUCUUGAAUUCUUGCUGUAGUGUUCUACACUUGCGCUGUUGCAGAGAAAGAAAGUAGAGAGAGAAAGAAGAAGGGGUUGCACGAAGGAAAGGGGCGAGAAGAGAAUCUGAAUUCGCUUUCAGUCAUUGACCAACCCCACGGCUCCAUUGACCUCACCUUCCGAGUCUACCUCGCCGUCGUCCCACCCAUCGCCUCCGUAUCGCCUCCUCCGAUGCGACGAAGACCACCAAGCGGAAUUGACAGCCUCCAGCCAUCCAAGACUAGAAGUGACUGUGCGUGCCCUGAUGCGCACGGCUAUAUACCCCGGGAAAUUUCCGGGAGCACGCGUACCAAGCGAAGACCCGAGAGUCAUCGUGCUAGCUCUCCGAAGUUUCCGGGAAAUUUGGCCACACCAGGCUGUGUAUCGACCUAGAUAUAAACCAACCGAUGAACAAGUAAUUUACACCCUGCUAAGCACUACCAGUGAGUUCUUAGCCUCGCGCAUGGGCAUGGAGUUGCCGGCGACAAGGCGCUUGCUCGUGUUCCUCUCUUUGCUCACGCUUUGGAGCAUCACCGUCGACGGUGCGUCGCCAGCUGCCGCCGCCAGCGCGGUGGCGCGGGAGGCGACGGCGCCUGCGCCGGUGCGGUUCGGCGUGGGGAGCAGGAGCCUGACCUGCAAUUCCGUGGAGAUCCUGGAUGCGUUCUACCUGAAGCAACCAAGCUGCGCCAACUGGGCGGACCUGCGAGCGAAGGAUUCCCGCGGAGAGGCCGUCGCCGCAGCACACGCUGCCGAGGACCUGAUCAAGAAUGCCCAGGUGCAAGCCAUCAUAUGGGGCCUUCAGACACUGAACAAUGCAGAUCACAUCCCACACCUGGCCGACCACAACAACAUUCCGGCUCUCUCCUUCUACCGCAGUGAUGCCUUCUGGCAAGAAGAUCCUGUAAACGAUUCCGCGGGCCUUACACUUGGAUCAAAUGACACCAUGAUGUUUCUUCAUCUAAGAACCGAGAAAAUAGACGGCAUGAAACUGGAUACGAGAAAUUCAAGACAAGAUCAUGAAGGUCAGACGAUGCUGAAAGAUUUUGCGAAUGUUAUUUAUCCUAUUUUCGAGAAACAAAACAUCAGCUGCUUGUACGGUACUGUCGAAGAUACGGCGAGGCCAGUUUCUAGUCCGCUCUAUAACCGUCUCCGAGAUCCUCACCCAUCCUAUCGGAAACGACGAGCCUCUUCCACGACGUUGCUUAGUGGUGAGCACUAUGAUGAGCUUGUAUGCAGCGUGUCUCCCAGGAUGAAUUUGGGAGUGGGCGGUGUGCCAUACGCACAGUCUGGUGCGUCUAUGAUUGUGCUCGUCAAGGAUGAACCAUAUACAAUCAGCUGGACAUUUGUAAAGCCACUAAGUAGGAAUCUUUGGUUUGCAACCAUUAUCUUUUUCUUCUAUACUGGCAUUGUUGUGUGGAUGAUUGAACUACCGAGAAAUCCGGAGUACCAAGGAUCAAGUUUGAGACAAUGUAGCACUGCCCUCUACUUUGUUUUCUCUACUUUGACGUUUUCUCAUGGUCAAAUUAUUAGAAGCCCCUUGUCAAAAAUUGUCGUGGUAAUAUGGUGCUUUGUAGUGCUGAUUCUGAUACAGAGCUACACAUCAAGCUUGUCAUCCAUAUUAACCACAGAGAGGCUCCGUCCUUGGGUGAUUGAUCUAGACCAGCUCCAAGGCAGUGGGGAUUUUUUAGGAUACCAAGAUGAUUCAUGUGUGCGGUCCUUCUUGAUGAAUUAUCAAAAUAUCAGUGAAAGUAGGUUAAAAACCUACACAACGAAGGAGGAAUAUGCUGCCGCUUUGAGGAAGGGGUCCAAGAAUGGAGGGGUGCCGGCUAUCGUCGGUGCGAUCCCCUAUUUAACAUCUUUCCUCUCUGAUAGUCGGUACAAAGAUGAUUUUAUGAUGCUUGGUUGCAUAUACACGACUCCUGGAUCUGGUUUUACAUUUCGUCUAGGGUUUCCGCUAGUGCAAAACCAUUCAACUACCAUCCUGAACCUAUCAGAAGGGGUUAGCGACUCACAACUAAAAGUGAGCUGUUUUGGCACCACUUCAGUGUUGAUGGGUGAUGACACAGUUCCUGACUUUGGUUCUGCACCUCUCACUUUGCAAAACUUCUCGGGGCUCUUCAUCAUCACUGGAUCCAUUUCAACUGUCAUGAUACUGAUAGCCAUUGUGAGGUUGGUUUAUGCCAAAUGCACCAGGCCGAGAAACACCGACAUGGAAAGCGCCACGGAUAAUAGUGUCGAAGAGGAUCCCCGUUCGAUGCAGAACGGCUUGGACGACAACCCUAGCCCUAGCCAGCAACUCCUCCACGAAGCCGGAGAAGAUAAUUUCCAAGGUGUGCGUGAGGGUAGCCAAAAUGAUGGGGGUGCACUGCCUGACCCAGUGCAGCAGAAUGUCAUGCACGGUGGCAUCACCCCUGCAGGGCACUUCCAGAUUGAAACUAACAAUGUCUGA